AUGGAAGAGGUUCAUCGACUGGAGCACUUUGCUGCAGCACUUGCAUCAGCUUUCUCACAGCUUCUUGUACAAUCAGGAGCCGUAACAGCUGGUCAGGAAUACAGUAUUGGACAAAGCGUUGGUUCCAACCUGUCGUCGGUUCUGCAACAGUUACAGUCCCAAAUAACACGACCUGCUCCAGCUCCUGCACCGCGUCCUCUACCGGCACCACGCCCUGUCCCUGCUUCAUUCAUAGCACAGCAGACGCAACAAGCGGCUUCUCUAAGCAGUGCAUCAUCUGCUGCAUCCACUGCUACGACGUCCCAGGCGCUUCAAACGUCCAGCGCAUCACAGUUUACAGCAGCCACUUCCCAAACGUCUUCAGCAGUUUCCGUGAGUAAUGAAGCUUUGCAGAGUGCAAUCAUUUCGAACAUAGCGUCUUCGAGCGCACUAAAUGCAAUAAGUACAGGACAACUUUCUGUGCAAAAUCUCAUUUCAGUAGCGUCCCAAAUCCUUACAAAUUCCUUCGGUAUUUCUCAAAGUUCGGCACAAAGCAUUCUCAGCCAGACUUUGUCUAAUCAUGGAAGAGGAUCAUCGACUGGAACACUCGCUGCAGCACUUGCAUCAGCUUUCUCACAGCUUCUUGUACAAUCAGGAGCCGUAACAGCUGGUCAGGAAUACAGUAUUGGACAAAGCGUUGGUUCCAACCUGUCGUCGGUUCUGCAACAGCUACAGUCCCAAAUAACACGACCUGCUCCAGCUCCUGCACCGCGUCCUCUACCGGCACCACGCCCUGCCCCUGCUUCUUUCUUAGCACAGCAGACGCAACAAGCGGCUUCUCUAAGCAGCGCAUCAUCCGCCGCAUCCACUGCUACGACGUCCCAGGCGCUUCAAACGUCCAGCGCAUCACAGUUUACAGCAGCGACUUCCCAAACGUCUUCAGCAGUUUCCGUGAGUAAUGAAGCCUUGCAGAGUGCAAUCAUUUCGAACAUAGCAUCUUCGAGCGCACUAAAUGCAAUAAGUACAGGAAAAUUUCUGUGGAAAUCUCAUUCAGUAGCGUCCCAAAUCCUUACAAAUUCCUUCGGUAUUUCUCAAAGUUCGGCACAAAGCAUUCUCAGCCAGACUUUGUCUAAUCAUGGAAGAGGAUCAUCGACUGGAGCACUCGCUGCAGCACUUGCAUCAGCUUUCUCACAGCUUCUUGUACAAUCAGGAGCCGUAACAGCUGGUCAGGAAUACAGUAUUGGACAAAGCGUUGGUUCUAACCUGUCGUCGGUCCUGCAACAGCUACAGUCCCAAAUAACACGACCUGCUCCAGCUCCUGCACCGCGUCCUCUACCGGCACCACGCCCUGCCCCUGCUUCUUUCAUAGCACAGCAGACGCAACAAGCGGCUUCUCUAAGCAGCGCAUCAUCCGCCGCAUCCACUGCUACGUCGUCCCAGGCGCUUCAAAGGUCCAGCGCAUCACAGUUGACAGCAGCCACUUCCCAAACGUCUUCAGCAGUUUCCGUGAGUAAUGAAGCCUUGCAGAGUGCAAUCAUUUCGAACAUAGCGUCUUCGAGCGCACUAAAUGCAAUAAGUACAGGACAACUUUCUGUGCAAAAAUCUCAUUUCAGUAGCGUCCCAAAUCCUUACAAAUUCCUUCGGUAUUUCUCAAAGUUCGGCACAAAGCAUUCUCAGCCAGACUUUGUCUAAUCAUGGAAGAGGAUCA